UGAUUCUGAGCUGAAAUCAAGAGUCAAAUGCUUAACUCACUGCGCCUCCCAUGUGCCCCAUCAUGGUAUCUUCUGAAGAACAGAAGUUUUUAUUUUUGAUGAAGUCCAUUCUAUCAUGUUUUCCUUUUAUUGUUCAUGCUUUUGGGGUUUUAUUUAAGAAAGUUUUGCCUACCUCAAAGCUGUUAUUCUAGCUGUCUAUUGCUGUAUGACAAAUUACCCCCAAACUUAGCAGCUUAAAACAACAAGCAUUUAUUUUUCUCACAGUUUCUUUGAGUUAAAAAUCUGGGAGCAGCUUAGUUGGGUGGUUUCGGUUAGGGGUCUUUUAAGAGGUCGUUGGCCAAGGUCAACUUACCUGAAUGCUUUAUUGGAGAAGAUCUGUUGCCUAGCUCCUUGGCAGGAUUCAGUUCCUUGAGGGUUGUUGGACUGAGGGCCUCAUUUCCUUUCUGUUUCCUGGGGGCCCCUUCCAGUUCUGCUAGAUGGGCCUCACCAUAGGGCAGCUACCAACAUGGCAACUGCCUUUCCUUAGAGCAGGGAGGGAGGCUGGGCCAAGAUGGAAGCCACAUUCCUUUUUUUGCUUUUGAGAUUAACUCAGAAAUCGGAUGAGAGAAAGGCUAUGCAAAGACUGGAUUUUGAACCCUCUGAAUUAUUUAUUCCCAUUACGGUUCCCCUCCUUUCCAAUCUCUUUGCUUUUUCUUGCCUCAUCUUCUUAAUUAUUUCUUUUAUCUUUUCUUCUUCUGAGUUUUGGCACUUUUACCUACUAUUUACAGUUUUAAUUAUGAGGAUAUUAAUUCAAAAUUGUUGGCUGUGUUCCCCUGAUAUUGGGCAACGGGACUCUGCUGUGACUGUUCUUGGCAUGUUGGCGACUUUGUGUACUCAUUUUGAAGAUAGCAGGAUCUGUUUUGCAGAGUCUGUGAUACACCUGAGUCAGCUCCUCUGUGUCUGCAUGUUGUUCUCUCAGUAGGUCCUCUCCCUUCCCUCUCCUUGGCGUUCUGCUAAUCAGCUGUGGGGGGUUUCCUGUCAGACCUGAUGCUUUUACAGAAUCGAAGCCACAGAAAAUAAUGUGUUUACCCCUCUGCAGUGCUGAAAGGAGGCAGAAGUCAAGCGUUUCGCAAGGGAAGCAGUCUUAGGGCACUUGGCAUCUGACCUUUCAUACCAGUCCUACCAGCGGGGAGAGGAAAGCUUGACUGUUUCUCUUUCUUCUCUUGUGUCUGGACCUUGAUGUUCGUUUCCUCCUCUCCUUCUAGGCUCUUCCUCUUGCAGAGCUCACAAGAUCUCUCGUAAAGAAAUUUGUAGUCAGAACUUUGUGCUACAUUUUUAUUCAGGAAAGAAGCAGGAAGAGAAGCGUGUCAUUUCCUAGGAAUCCGGCACUGGAGAAACGAGGAGGAUUCUUCCAAGGAUGGUCUCCCAUUCAGAGUUGAGGAAACUUUUCUGUUCAGCGGAUGCAGUCUGCUUUGAUGUUGAUAGCACUGUCAUCAGAGAAGAAGGAAUUGAUGAGCUAGCCAAAUUCUGUGGAGUUGAGGAUGCUGUGUCAGAAAUGACGCGGCGAGCCAUGGGUGGGGCAGUGCCUUUCAAGGCUGCCCUCACGGAGCGCUUAGCUCUGAUCCAGCCCUCCAGGGAACAGGUGCAAAGGCUCAUAGCAGAGCACCCCCCACACCUGACCCCGGGCAUAAGGGAGCUAGUAAGUCGCCUCCAAGAGCGAAAUGUUCAGGUUUUCCUAAUAUCUGGUGGCUUUAGGAGCAUUGUAGAGCACGUUGCUUCAAAGCUCAAUAUCCCGUCAACCAAUGUUUUUGCCAAUAGGCUGAAAUUCUACUUUAAUGGUGAAUAUGCAGGUUUUGAUGAGAUGCAGCCAACAGCCGAAUCUGGUGGGAAAGGAAAAGUUAUUAAACUUUUAAAGGAAAAAUUUCAAUUUAAGAAAAUAGUCAUGAUUGGAGAUGGAGCCACAGACAUGGAAGCCUGCCCUCCCGCUGAUGUUUUCAUUGGAUUUGGAGGAAAUGUGAUCAGACAACAAGUAAAAGACAAUGCACAAUGGUACAUCACUGAUUUUGUAGAGCUUUUGGGAGAACUGGAAGAAUAAUAUCAAUUUUUAUACGGUUCAUAACAACUUCAGAUUAAUUUUUUAAAGUUACAGUUUGAUACCGUUUGCUUACAAUUGCCUAUUACAACUUAAUGUAUAGAUGUGGUACUGAUUAUCUGUACUUCCAAGUAAACUAUGGAAAAUUGCUCUUUUUUAACGGCAAUCCCAGCAUUAUUAUGACCAUUAAUUAGCUGGAGAGUUUUAUAAUCUGAAUUCUUUAUGUAUUUUCCUAGCGAUAUUUUAUUUGAAACCUUUUAAAGGUGGAUAGUAAAUGAAACACCUUCCCUAUUGGAGAUAUGGGUUAGGUAGCUUUAAGUAAAUGUUGGUUUUCCCUUUGGUAGGUAAAUAAAAGUUUAUCCAUAUAUCAGUA